AUGCCGACUGCAAAAAACAAGUCAGGUUUUAAAAAUAUAAAUUUCGACAAUAAUUUCAAACGGAAGCGUAAUGGAAAUAAAUUUAAACCGUACGCGGAUGGAUUGAAGAUUCAUAAAUCAACCAUUGGGCUGACUGGCCAAAACGAUGUACCUGCACCGUGUAAUCUAAAGCUGAUGGAUUUCCAGUUCGGUGUGUUUGAUCUGGGUAGAUCACGUGAUUUGGGUAAAUCGUCCGAUCCACUAACAUUUUGA